AUGCAACCAACACCUGCCGGAAGCAGCAACACUACUGGAGGUGGAGGUGGAGGUAGAGGUGGAGGUGGAGGUGGAGUUGGCGGUGGCGGAGGUGGCGGUGGUGGUGGACUUGCUAGGUUUCGUUCAGCACCAGCCUCAUGGUUAGAAGCCCUUCUUGAAGAAGAAGAAGAGGACCCAUUAAAGCAAAAUCAGAACUUGACUCAGUUACUUACUUCAAGCACACCUUCAAGUAGAAAUUCAGUGCCUUUUAAUGCUUCUAGUGCUUCUGUGGAACCGGGCUUGUUUGAACCGGGUGGUGGUUUUCAAAGGCAAAAUAGCUCUCCAGCUGAUUUUAUUGGGAAUUCUGGGAUUGGAAGUGAUCAAGGGUAUUUUCCGAGCUAUGGAAUUGCUUCAAAUUAUGAGUAUAUGCCACCAAAUAUGGAGGUUUCGCCUUCUGGUAAAAGGGCUCGAGAGGUUGAGUUGCAGAACCCUUCUGUUAGAUAUCCACCUACGUUGAAAGGAGAGCAAACUGGACCUCUAAGGGCUUCUAGUUUGAUAGAAAUGGAGAUGGAUAAGCUUUUGGAGGAUUCAGUGCCUUGCAGGGUCCGUGCAAAGCGUGGCUGUGCUACACAUCCUCGGAGCAUUGCAGAGAGAGUUCGGAGAACUCGAAUUAGUGAUCGGAUAAGGAAACUUCAGGAACUUGUUCCAAAUAUGGAUAAGCAUAUUGCUUGCAAGAGUGAUGUAGAUAUAAUGCUCCAUAGGAAUGAGGUUUCUUGGUACAUGAUGGUUGUUUUGUAUGUGUUUGGGAUUCGGAUGAUGCAAAGAUUAUGCUCAAUCAAAUGUUUGGUUAAGGUUGAUGGAUAUGAAAAGGCUGGAAAGGGGCAUCUGCAAGCCCUUUGUUUGAGGAAGCUCCUUAGAGAGCUAAUGCUAUCAUUCUCUUGA